GGGACUUGCGCUACAGAAAUAUAGAGAGAGACCCAUUUAAGUUGUAAGUAGCUUAGCUGUGGAUUGAUUUAAGGAAGAAAUGGGAAGGCAACCAUGCUGUGACAAGCAGGAUGUGAAGAAGGGGCCGUGGACGGCGGAGGAAGACAAGAAGCUGGUGAACUUCAUCAUCACCAAUGGCCACUGCUGCUGGCGCACCCUUCCCAAGCUCGCCGGCCUCCGCCGCUGCGGCAAGAGCUGCCGCCUCCGAUGGACCAACUACCUCCGCCCGGACCUCAAGAGAGGCCUUCUCAGUGAAGCUGAAGAACAACUUGUCAUUGAUCUCCAUGCCCUUCUUGGCAAUAGGUGGUCAAAGAUUGCAGCAAGAUUGCCAGGAAGAACAGACAAUGAGAUUAAGAAUCACUGGAAUACUCACAUCAAGAAAAAGCUUCUCAAGAUGGGCAUUGACCCAGUUACGCAUAAACAACUCAAUGAACAAGAUGAUGCCCCCCAACUAGAAACUCAAUCAUUUGAGCAUUGUGCCAAUGAUCUUGUCUCGAAAUCAAUCUCUGACAGGCCCAAGGCAUCAAAAAACAGUAACCAGGCCACCUCCGAGGACAACUACGGGACACCGCCACCUCAAAAAUGUUCCAGUGACGAAUCUCAAUCGUGUGAUCGCAAUAGGGACGAUGAUGACUUGUUAAUGAGUUACUUGCAAUCUGAGUCAUUUUUUAAUGAAAUGUCAUGGAACAUUAUGCCUGAAACAGGAAUGGAGGAAUGCAAUGAGAUUGGUUCAUGCUCCUCCGAGGAUAAUUGGUCAUGGUUGUUGGACUAUCAAUUGCAAGAAGAUGGUGAUGAAGACUUUGGGUUUGUUUAUUUCAAUGACUUCGACAUGAUAAACAACCAAGCAUGAGAGGGGUACGAUUUGAUUAAUUGAAUGGAGCAUACAUAGUGAGCAUAUGCAAAAACCAUUUUGUACAUGAUUACUUAAGUCUUUCAUUUCACUAUAAUGAGUUUAUGUAAUGAUGAUACCACCCAUGUGUGCGUACCAUACACACCCCCUUGGCAUAUAUUAGAUUGAAUAUCUAAUGACAUGCCAUUGGGUGUGUAUGAUACACACCGCUUGAGUCGGUAUCAUAGAAUUUUCUAUCUAACUAAUGAGUGUGACGUUCGGAAGUUUAAAAUAAUGAAUGUUACUUUGUUUGUA